AUGCUGAGUCAUAUGGAAUUCAAUGAAACCGGUUUACCGAACGGCUUUUUUAAUCGCACUUCAAUACGUCUCAAAACUCUUUCUAUCGGAUUAUGCACACAAUCGGAUGCACUUCAAGUGAAUUCACACUCAUUGGACGGACUAGAAGAAACGUUAGAGAAUUUGAUGAUAACGGACUGCAACAUGGACAUGAUACCAACAACACUUGAAUCGUACACUCGUUUAAAUUCAUUAUCAUUGGCUCGUAAUCGACUUACAACUGUCCCGAAGAACAGUUUCGCAGCUCUUGAGAAUUUGGUGUCGCUGAAUUUAGCCGGUAAUUUCAUCGCUUCAAUGGAAGAAGGAACAUUAGCGCAAAUUAAUAAAUCACUGGAAGUUUUAAUUCUUGGUGAACAUAAUUUCAUAAAUGAAAGUAUUUUCAAUGAGAUUGCACAACUUCGAAAUCUCAAGGUACUCGAUCUGAGUAAAGCGGAUGGCAUAAGUGAAUUUCCAGUUGGAAUAUUCGAGAAGCUCACAAAACUCGAAAAACUCUUGCUGAUGGGAUGCAGUUUGACAACAAUCACCAAUCAAACAUUCCGUGGAUUGAAUAAUUUAAUCGAGCUGGAUCUACGCGUUAAUUUGAUUCGAGAAAUGGAAUGCGCAGCAUUUCAAUCAAUCCCCAACAUUCGUCGUUUAUCGUUGGCUGGCAAUUACUUGAAUAUCACACAGCCAUGCUUUUGGAAUGAUCUGAAUAAAAUCGAAGAACUCGAUCUAUCAUGGAACGAACUCAGCCAAUUACCGGCUCAAAGUUUCAGUCAACUUGGCAAAACACUACGAAUUCUCAACUUACGUCACAACACGAACCUCACUCAUAUCGAUGAUUACGCAUUCGAUAAUCUCACAAAUGUGAUCCGAUUGAAUCUGAGUAAUACAGCGAUCACAAACGUCAACGCUGCUCAUUUUGCUUCUCUGAUCUCAUUACAGGCAAUUGACUUAUCAAACUCACAGCUGCAUUCAGUUGUCAGUCAGUCCUUUGCCAAGCAAUUCUCAACUCUACAGCAACUUAUGCUCAAUAAUAAUCAACUGCGUACACUACCACCCCAAUUCAUUGAACACUUACAACAACUUAAGCAAUUGGAUAUUUCAUCAAACCUGUGGCUAUGUGAUGAAGCAAUGAAAAACGUGAUCACUGAAAUCAAUGAGAAAUAUGCGAUUGCUGCACAAACAUCAAAAGAGUUUUUGCUGAUUAAUGCGAACAACACCAUUUGUGAUCGACCUUAUAGUCUACGUGGUGAAGUUAUCACAGAUAUUGAUUCGAAUCUUUUGGUAGAAUAUAAUCCCAUUAUUGAUACAACAACUACAACAACAACUCAGAGACCGAUAACAACAAUCGAUAUCGACACCACAAAUACGCUAUUCACAUUCUUUCCAAAUGAAGCUUUUAUUGGAAAGGAUGAUGAGCAAGGAAAUUCUGAACACUCAAAAGCAAUAAGUGGUCAACGAGCACCACCUGAAUAUGAUAUUAACGUACAUCAAACACUGACCAAUAACUCAGACCAACAAUUCAUGGCAACCUUAAUAGCACUUGGUGUUAUGCUAGCAGUUUCUGCAGCUGUAACAAUUGCAGUCGUUUUAUAUGUUAAGAAAAGAAAAAGUGAAAAUACUGACCAUGUAGCUGAUACAGAGAUGGAUGCAAGACCUAGUAACGGUAGAUGUAAACGGAAGAGUAUUGAAGAGGAUGAAACAGGAAAGAAGUAA